AUGCCACAGACAAAUGGAUUUGCUGCGAACUCCAACGGCCACAGCGGCUAUGAGAUGGAGGAUGGCUGCUCCUUUCUAUUCACAUCGGAAUCCGUCGGAGAGGGUCACCCCGAUAAAAUGUGUGACCAGAUCAGUGAUGCCAUUCUGGAUGCCCAUCUCGAGCAGGAUCCGAAUGCCAAAGUUGCAUGUGAAACAAUCUCCAAGACCGGCAUGAUUCUGUUGUGCGGAGAAAUCACAUCGAAGGCCGUCAUCGAUUACCAGCGUGUUGUUCGGGAAACAGUCAAGCACAUCGGUUAUGAUGAUUCUUCGAAAGGUUUCGAUUAUCGUACGCUGAAUCUGUUGGUAGCGAUCGAACAGCAGUCGGAGAACAUUGCCCAAGGAGUACACGUCGAUCGUGAUGAAGACAGCGUGGGUGCAGGCGAUCAGGGUUUGAUGUUCGGAUACGCUACGGACGAGACUGAAGAAUGUAUGCCGCUGACCGUGGUGUUAGCCCAUCGAUUGAAUGAAAAGAUCGCGGAACUGCGGCGCAGUGGUGAUUUCUGGUGGGCUCGUCCGGAUUCGAAGACGCAAGUCACUGCGGAAUACGUAUUCGAAUCUGGUGCAUGCGUGCCGCAGCGUGUACACACUGUUGUUGUGUCUUUGCAACAUUCGGAUAAAAUCACCCUUGAAGAGCUCCGGAAUGAGAUAAUGGAGAAAGUGAUCAAGGAUGUGAUCCCGGCCAAGUACUUCGACGCGAACACGAUCGUACACAUUAAUCCGUGCGGAUUGUUCAUUAUCGGUGGACCGCAGGGUGAUGCGGGACUGACUGGGCGCAAGAUCAUUGUCGACACGUACGGAGGCUGGGGAGCGCACGGUGGUGGUGCCUUCUCCGGCAAAGAUUUCACGAAGGUGGAUCGUUCCGCUGCGUAUGCUGCUCGUUGGGUAGCAAAAUCGCUCGUCAAGGCGGGCAUUUGUCGGCGCUGUCUGGUGCAGGUGGCAUACGCCAUCGGCCUGGCCGAGCCACUAUCGAUCACUGUGUUCCACUACGGCACAUCCAAGUACAACCAGAAGGAACUGUUGAAGAUCGUGUCGGAUAAUUUCGAUCUACGUCCGGGCAAAAUUGUGAAGGAUCUGAAGUUACGCACCCCAUUCUAUCAGCGCACCAGCACAUAUGGUCACUUCGGACGCUCCGGUUUCCCAUGGGAGGAGCCCAAAGUGCUGGUAAUUGAAUGA